AGGGGGCGGCAAGCUUUGCUAUCCCGGUGGCGGCGGCGAUGACGACCAGGCAGCCUUUGAAUGCCCCCUCCAACCUCAUCCCUGCUGGGGGUGGGGGGGCGGUAGAAGAGAAGGGUGGUCCCCCCAAUGUCCCUCCCCCCAGCUUGGGAACCUCAAAGCCGGGCCUACUGCGGUGUGGGAGCAGAGUGGGAAACAUUCCUUAUGAAGCUACAGAAGAACAAUUAAAGGACAUCUUUUCCGAAGUUGGACCAGUUGUCAGUUUCAGGUUGGUAUAUGAUCGGGAAACAGGGAAACCAAAGGGUUAUGGCUUCUGUGAAUAUCAAGACCAAGAAACUGCUCUCAGUGCUAUGCGCAACCUGAAUGGCCGUGAGUUCAGCGGGAGGGCGCUUCGAGUGGACAAUGCUGCUAGCGAGAAGAACAAGGAGGAACUAAAGAGUCUUGGCACCGGUGCCCCCAUCAUUGAAUCUCCCUAUGGAGACCCCAUUAGCCCUGAAGAUGCUCCAGAAUCCAUUAGCAGAGCAGUUGCUAGUCUACCACCUGAACAGAUGUUUGAGCUGAUGAAACAAAUGAAGCUUUGUGUGCAGAAUAGUCCCCAAGAAGCACGGAACAUGCUGCUCCAAAACCCCCAACUAGCCUAUGCUUUGCUGCAGGCCCAAGUCGUGAUGCGAAUCGUGGAUCCAGAGAUUGCACUGAAAAUUUUGCAUCGUCAAGCAAAUAUCCCAUCUCUGAUUCAAGGUAACCCGCAACCUGGCCAAGGACCCGGUGCGCCAAUGAACCAGCCAGCUACUCCAGCCUCUCAACCACAGCCCUUGGGUGGGAUGCAUGUGAAUGGAGCUCCUUCUCUGAUGCAACCACCUCUGCCAGGUGGCGUACCCGCACCAGGAGCAAUGCCUACUGCAGGACCUGGCCCUGGCCCUUUGGCUCCUGGAGGCGGGAUGCAGUCCAAGGUUGGGAUGCCAGGCGGUGGGCCAGUAUCCCUAGACCGGGGCCAAGGGACCCUACAGCACUCGCCCGUGGGACCCGCCGGGCCUGCACCCAUUGAGCGAGUUCAAGGUACCCACGUGCCAAUGCCAGACCCCAGAGCCCCUAUGCAGCGUGGACCUAUGCCUGCUGGCGGCCCACCUCCCCGAGGUCUUUUAGGAGAUGCUCCAAAUGACCCACGUGGAGGGACUUUGCUCUCAGUCACUGGAGAAGUAGAACCCAGAGGAUAUCUGGGUCCACCUCAUCAGGGUCCUCCCAUGCAUCACGUCCCUGGCCAUGACAGUCGUGGCCCUCCCCAUGAGAUGAGGGGAGGACCGCUGGGAGAGCCACGGCCUUUAAUGGGAGAACCCAGAGGACCCAUGCUGGAUCAGAGGGGCCCACCUAUGGAUGGCAGAGGUGGACGAGAUCCCCGAGGGAUAGAUGCCAGGGCCAUGGAGGCCAGGGCCAUGGAGGCCAGAGGCAUGGACGCAAGAGCGAUGGAAGCCAGGGGGAUGGAGGCCCGGGGCUUAGAAUCAAGGGCCAUGGAGCCUAGGGGCAUGGACACAAGAACGAUGGAAACUCGAGGACCUGGCCCCAGAGGCCCAAUGCCGGGGGGACUCCAGGGACCUGGGCCAAUCAAUAUGGGAGCGGGUGGCCCUCAGGGCCCUAGGCAGGUCCCAGGCAUGCAGGGAUCUGGUCUGCAAGGCGGAGGUCAGCCUGGGGGAUUUAGUCCUGGGCAGAACCAAGUUACUCCACAAGAUCAUGAAAAGGCUGCUUUGAUUAUGCAAGUGCUCCAACUGACUGCAGACCAAAUUGCCAUGCUGCCUCCCGAGCAACGGCAGAGUAUCCUGAUUUUAAAGGAACAGAUACAAAAAUCUACUGGCGCCCCUUGAGUGAAUGCCUGAGAGCAAUCCUGCUUGUCUGAUUGAACGAUGUGGAGGAGGAGCCAGGAUCAGAAGAUUUCUGUAUCCCAACACUUGACAGACCUUAAGUGGUGGUGAAUGGAGGAUAUCUUAAUACCUCCACCAGAAGUAAAAUCUGCUUGUCUUCAUUCUGCUCAUUGUUAUUGUCGGGUUUUAGGUGGGGGGUGGGGGGUGGGGUCAGGGAUAGCGGUGGGGAGGGGAUAGAAGGGGAAGGUUUAUUUAGUUUAUUUUAUGUGAAUUAAAAAGAAAUAUUCCCUGGGGCUCAAGUGUACCACUAAUCAAGAUGUAUAUGACCUUUUUGCUUUGAAGACAAUUGUUGUUGCUUUUGCUUCAAUUGCCUUCAAUUGAAGGCUGUGAAACAACUUGUUAGAUUAUGGCUUCUAUUAUCUCUGAGCUGUGUUCCCCAGCUCCGCCUUCCCUUGUGUAUCAAUGAUCGAACAAACAUUUAUUGCUAGUGUGUGCAAGAUAUUGUGCUAAUCAGUCUUUUAUUCUUCUAGAUGGUUAAUUUUCGGCUCUAUGAUUUUUUGAAACCAGUUUUUCGUGUUCACUUUGUUUCUAUCCAAAAUAACAUGAUAUAUCUCUUGAGAAUGUACAACUGUGUAUCUAAUAAGAGUAAACCAUAAAUGGAUCCGGCCGUGGAUGCUCGGUUUACGGGAGCGAGCAAAUAUCUAGAAAGGCAACAAAGCAAUGACGUUGACACAACAGUCUGUUGCUUCUGAAAAAGUCCAAGUACCAUCAUGCAUCUUUAAGUCAAUAGCAGACAGAUUCUUGUAUGUCGUUCUGAGCUAAAGUAAAGAUGUUGUGAUUGAUGUUGAUGGCCUGGUGUCAUCCACAUAGAAACAGAUGCCACUUGCUUGUUAUGUCAUAAAGCUCUUGGGUCUCCGGAAAGCCAAUUAAAAGCUUUUUUUCAGGUGUU